UGUGACUUGUCUCAGCAUGCGAGCCAUUCAAACAGAGAUGUGGACGAGGAAAUUGAGGCAGAAUACAACAUCUUGAGGUCCCUGUCCAACCAUCCUAAUGUGGUGAAGUUUUAUGGCAUGUUCUAUAAGUCGGACAAAGUAUCAGGUGGCCAACUUUGGCUGGUCCUUGAGCUGUGCAAUGGCGGCUCUGUCACAGAACUCAUCAAAGGCCUGCUCAUGCGAGGCCAGUGUCUGCAGGAGCCGGUUAUCUCAUACAUCUUAUACAGUGCCCUCUUGGGUCUUCAGCAUUUGCACAACAACCGGAUUAUCCAUCGUGACGUCAAGGGCAACAACAUCCUCCUGACAACUGAGGGAGGAGUCAAACUGGUUGACUUUGGUGUUUCAGCUCAGCUGACCAGUGCACGAUUGCGGAGGAACACAUCAGUCGGGACUCCGUUUUGGAUGGCUCCUGAGGUCAUAGCCUGUGAACAGCAGUACGACUACUCCUACGAUGCCCGCUGUGAUGUGUGGUCGCUCGGCAUCACAGCCAUCGAGCUGGCAGACGGAGAUCCCCCGCUGGCUGAGAUGCAUCCAGUUAAAGCACUCUUCAAAAUCCCUCGAAAUCCCUCCCCUACAUUACGAAAUCCAGAGCAGUGGUGCAGAAGUUUUUGCCAUUUCAUCAGCCAGUGUCUGAUAAAGGAUUUUGAAGCACGUCCAUCCGUGACGCACCUCCUAGAGCAUCCCUUCAUCAAGCAGGCCCACGGCAAAGAUGUUGUACUACCACAGCAGUUAGCUGCUCUCAUCCAGGAACAGCAAGAACUGGGCUGCAAAAUCAAAACCAAGCAGGAGCGGAUCAAUACUCGUAAAACCCUCAUAAUAGAGAGUUGUCCUGAUGAUGAUCUGGUAAACCUGGAGUUCUUAGAUGAGGAGACAAUAAUCAGCCAUCUCCAGAAGCGGUAUGAUGAGCUGCAGGUGUACACUUACGUUGGAGACAUCCUCAUCGCUCUCAAUCCUUUCCAGAAUCUCAGCAUCUACUCUCCCCAGUUCUCUAAGCUAUACCACGGUGUGAAGCGGGCUGACAACCCUCCACACAUCUUUGCUACUGCAGAUGCAGCCUACAGAGGCAUGGUGACAUUCUGCAAAGACCAGUGCAUUAUAAUCAGCGGUGAGAGUGGUGCGGGAAAAACAGAGAGCGCUCAUUUGAUUGUUCAACAUCUUACCUUCUUGGGAAAGGCUAACAAUCGGACGCUGCGGGAGAAGAUCUUGCAGGUGAACCCCCUUGUAGAGGCCUUUGGGAACGCCUGCACAGCUAUCAAUGACAACUCCAGUCGCUUUGGCAAAUACCUGGAGAUGAAGUUCACACCCACUGGAGCGGUCAUCGGGGCCAAGAUAUCCGAGUACCUGCUGGAGAAGUCGAGGGUCAUCAAACAGGCUAUGGGGGAGAAAAACUUCCACAUAUUUUAUUACAUAUACGCUGGGCUUUACCACCAAGACAAGCUGAAGACUUACAGGCUACCAGACAGGACACCUCCCAGGUAUAUUGACAGCCAGCACCGCAAAGUGAUGCAAGACAUUGUCUCCAGCAAACUGUACACGGAGCAGUUUGACGCAAUUCAGGAGUGCUUCCGAAAUAUUGGCUUUACUGAAGAGGAGGUCAACUCUGUUUACCGAAUUCUCUCAGCCAUUUUGAACACCGGCAAUAUUGAAUUUGCUUCCAUCACAUCCCAACACCAGACUGAUAAGAGUGAAGUGCCUAACUCGGCGGCCUUAGAGAAUGCUGCAUCUCUCCUCAGCAUCGGCACUGAGGAACUCCAGGAGGCGCUGACCUCCCAGUGUGUGGUUACCCGGGGCGAGACCAUCAUCCGCACCAACACAGUGGACAAAGCCGCUGAUGUCCGUGACGCCAUGUCCAAGGCCUUGUACGGACGCCUCUUUAGCUGGAUAGUCAACCGCAUCAACUCCCUACUGCAACCUGACAUGAAUAUCUGUGCCGCAGAGAGCGGCAUGAAUGUGGGAAUCCUGGACAUAUUUGGAUUUGAAAACUUCAAGAAGAACUCAUUUGAACAACUGUGCAUCAACAUUGCAAACGAGCAGAUCCAGUUUUACUUCAACCAGCACAUUUUUGCCCUUGAACAGAUGGAAUACCAGAGCGAGGGGGUGGAUGCCAGCCUGGUGGAGUACGAGGACAACAGGCCCAUCCUGGACAUGUUCCUGCAGAAGCCCAUGGGUCUGCUGUCCCUGAUGGACGAGGAGAGUCGCUUCCCUCAGGCCACUGACCAGACUUUAGUGGAUAAAUUUGAGGACAAUUUGCGCUGCAAGUACUUUUGGAUACCUAAACGUGUGGAGCUUUGUUUUGGGAUUCAGCAUUAUGCAGGAAAGGUAAUGUACAAUGUGAAUGGCUUUUUGGGGAAGAACAGGGACACUCUUCCUGCAGACAUCGUCGUAGUUCUGAGAACAUCAGAGAACAAACUUUUGCAGCAGCUGUUCUCUAGCCCCUUGACUAAAACAGGAAAUCUGGCGAUGUCCCGAGCCCGAAUCACAGCUGCCUCCAGAUCUCUGCCACCGCAGCGUGGUUCAGGGCACACCAAGUCUCCCAAAUACCUAUUGAAGCGACAACCUACCCUCCUUUUUCCCCGUUACUCCCUGAUGGACUUGCUGUCUAAGAUGGUGGUGGGUCAGCCACACUUUGUGCGCUGCAUCAAACCCAACGAUGACAGGCAGGGACUGCGCUUCUGCAAGGAGAGGGUGAUGUUGCAGCUGCGCUACACCGGAAUCCUGGAAACAGUGAACAUCCGUCGGCAAGGCUACUCCCACCGCAUCCUGUUUGAAGAGUUUGUCAGCAGAUAUUACUACCUUGCGUUUCGGGCUCACCAGAUGCCUGAGACCAGCAAAGAGAACGUUGUCGCCAUACUGGAGCGGGCCAAACUGGAAGCCUGGGUGCUGGGGAAGACAAAGGUUUUUCUUAGGUACUACCAUGUGGAGCAGCUGAACCUGCUGCUGAGGGAGGUGAUGGCUCGGGUGGUGGUGAUGCAAGCUUACACUAAAGGCUGGCUGGGCGCCCGACGUUACCGGAAAGUGAAGCAGAAGAGAAACCGUAUGGCUGUCAUCAUCCAGUCAGCCUGGAGGGGCUAUGUUGCUCGGCAGAACCUCAUGCAGAUAAAAAAAGAGCGGGAAGAGGCCGCUAUCUGCAUUCAGUCAGCUUACAGGGGCCAUCGGGUGCGUCGGGACCGUGUACCCCAUGGGCACAUAUGUCACCCUGAGGCUGGAGGAAAGACCACCAAGGAGGAGCAUACGGGGUCUAACAGCCUAGAAAGCAAGGAGGCACAUACGGAUCACAUUCAUAGAGGAAAUCGGAGAAGACAGGGUGGUACGGGAACGAGAGAAUCAAAAGGCUGGAAAUUCACGGCUGAGAAUAAAUGCUCGCUCUUCCCUGAGGUUGGCCUCGACAGCCUCGACAGACAAGUGAAAGACUUCAAGAGAGACAAAGGCAGAGCAGAAGACAGUGUAACGAAGCCUUGCAGGGAGACAGCUAGACUGCGAGACAUGCAGUGUAAACAAGGUCCAGUUAUGAAGCUGCAGCAGAGAACUCCUCGCCGGCGGGGCCAGCAGCCCAAGCUGCUCAAUAGCCCCGAAGACAGCCUGUACUACAACCAGCUAAAUAGAACUCUGGAUUACCAGGGGAGCAAGAGGAAGCCGAGAAAACUUGGUCAAAUCAAAGUGCUGGAUGGAGAAGAUGAGUACUACAAAUUACUGUCAACUGUGGAGUCAAUCCCUGAGGAAGAGAACGCAACCGCCCCCCCCUCCCACUCUUUCUAGUGGGCUUCUUGUCAGUCAGAGCUGAGCCUUACAACCAUGUCAACCGAUUGCCUUCUUCAACUUUGAACUGGACCUUAACCAAAACGAACUCGGCAACCCCCUUUAUAUCUGUUGUAAAUGUAUAUUUAUUUCUAGUAAACCAACAUUUUAUAUGAAUC